CUAUGGCUCCUCCUCUGCCUGAGUACAGCGGAAGCUGCUCAAUCUCGUCUACUUCCUACAGCAAAUGGUCACAGGCGGGGAGGGGCAGGUAAUGCACACUGUGCUCCUACUAACUGCCGUUCACUCACCUCGUGUGACACCUUGUAGGAAAUGUCCUUGGUUUGGCUUCAAGUUGGACAAUGUGGCAAUCAGAUUGGGCAGGAAUGGUGGCAAAUACUCACCAACAAUGUAUCCAAAACCAGCCCAGACAGGUAUCCAUAUUUCUCCCGGGAUGGUAUGAUAAACGCUAUUUGUGUGGACAGUGAGCCAAAAGUGAUUAGAAAGUUACAGAAGCAAGUGAAGAAUGGGUGUUUCCGAGACACUAAUCUUGUUGUGGAACGGAGAGGGAGAGGAAAUAACUGGGCGUAUGGGUACAGCAGUGUUUCCUCUGGUACUGAGAAAAGCCUGCUGGAGCGGAGCAUGGAAAGCUUGCGCAAGGAGGUGGAACGCAGAGACUGUUAUAGCGGCACCGUGAUGCUGCACAGCCUCUGUGGAGGCACCGGGUCUGGUCUUGGUGCCCGUCUGUGUGAGGAGAUCAGAGACACAUACCCAGCAGGGCACAUACUGUCUGUAACUGUUGCCCCUCAUGAGUCUGGGGAUACUCCCCUGCAGCACUACAAUUCCCUCCUCUGCCUGACCUGGUUACAGAGAUACUCGGAUGGCGUCCUCCUUUUUAAGAAUGACGACGUGCUGAAGAGGUCCGAAGCUCUAGUAGAGAAGAAGGUCCCCAGUUUGUCGGGUGCUCAGCCUCCCACCUCGCUCAGUGCCAUGAACACUUACAUUGCAUCCUGUUUGGCAGGGAUCCUAUACCCCACAGAUACACUCCGGACCAGGAGUGCUGUUAGCGUUGGUCUUGAGCCCUGGGAACUGAUAAGGUCUGUGUGCCCCAUGCCUGCGCUGAAGUUUCUCCACAUGGCCCAGGUCCGCAGAAGGGGAACAGCCUUUUGGGACAGAUUGGCCUCUUCUGUGGUCCAGAACUUACCCCGUGUGUCCCAUGAUGGGACUCUUCACCACAGCCUGGCGGUCCUUGCAGCAGCUCGUAGCUCCCAAGAUGAUUCGAUGUUCCUUGCCAGGGACUUAUUGCUGAUGAAACUCAAGCAGUCUUACCACUGUGUUCCCUGGAAUCCUUUUCCCAUUGACUACUGGACAGCCUCGGAAAACAUUCUAGACCCUUCAUGUCACAGUCACUCGCUGACAGUCUGUGCCAACCACUCCAAUGCAGCAGACCUGAUGAAGAGUGUAAUACAAAGAGCUCAGGCCAUGUAUGAGGCUCGUGCCUACUUACACUGGUUCAACAAAUAUGGCUGUGAGGACGAGGACUUCCAGAUGGCUUUUGACACCCUAAAAUGUGUUGUGGAGGAGUACAGCCAGCUGGGGGAGUAAAGACUUUAGUUUGUUUUUACUUUAGAGUCACGAGUGCCUUAAAUGGACAGUACAGCCAAAAUUAAAGGGACGGUAAAGUCAAAAUUAAACUUUCAUGGUUCAGAUAGGGCAUGUAAUUUUAAACAACUUUCCAAUUUACUUUUAUCAUCAAAUGAGUCAAUUUCUCUUGGUAUUCUUUGCUAAACCUAGGUAGGCUCAUAGGCUGAUUGCUAAGCCCUUGAAGGCCGCCUUUUAUGUCGGUGCAUUUUAUUAACUUUUAAAGCUAGACAAUGCUAGUUCAUCUGUUUCAUAUAGAUAACAUUGUGCUCACUGCCAUGGAGUUAUUUAGGAGAGGACACUGGCUAAAAUGCAAGUCUGUCAAAAGA